AGAGGAGCCGGGACACCGAGGGAAGAGGCCGGAGGGAGAUCGCGGAGGGGAGGGGGCGGGAGGGGGGUGGGGGAUCCCGAGUCGUCAGUGGUCCGGAAUCUGGAAGGCCCUGGAGCGGCGCCAGGCGACCCGCCUCGCCACAACUUGCCCAGACGAGACACGUUUCAUCCUGCGCCCUGCAAGAAGGAGCCGGCCCGCCUCUCUCCGCUCUGCUGUUCCUCGGCCUCCGCCGGCCCUGCCCGCGUCAGCAGCGACCCUGGGGUCUGGGUCCCCUGUGUCGCCCCCGCCUGCCUGCAGCGCCCGGCACCCGCCCUGGAGCGCGCAGCUGCGGUGCUAGGGAUAUAUACUUGAGCAAGAGAGACCACAGCUCUUGUUCCCGCUGAUACUGCAGCCCAGUGGAUGGAGCCUAGAGUCUACAGAUCUGCCAGGAAAGAAAAAAAAUUUCCUGAUGUCUGGUCCAAGCAGGAAUACCCCGGUGGACUGGGGAAUGUCUGGCUUUUCCUCAGCUUAUUGAUCUCUGUUGUAACCACUGGAGGCCCCCAGAAGACCUGCACAAAUGAGAGGCCUGAAGUCUACAAGUUGCUGCUAGAAAUAUUUUAGCCUCUCCAAAACCCAGAAUGCAGCCCCGAUCCAAGUUUGUCAGGGUUCUGGGUGCACGCUGAGCGCGCGCGGGCGGACGCGCCCUUUGCUCCAGGUCCGGACCUGGGGGCUGCCAUAGCAACGUCCUGGACACCCAGACCUUAGGCCGCCGCCGCCGCCGCCGCGGAAGCAAGGAACCCGGCCUUCUCCCGCUCCUGAGGGCUGUCCGGCGGCGGCCGGGGAGGCGGCCCAGGCUGGGUAGAGACCGCCCAGCUCCUCCUAUGCAAGCUGAGGCAGCGGAUUGGCUUUCAAGUAUGGUAAGAGGCGGGAGGCCGGGGCUCCCCCGACGGGGACGCGGGGCUGGGGAGGACCGGGGCUUCCCCGGACCCCCAGCUCCCCAGCCUGCCCGCCCCCCAUCCCCGCCUCCCGCCGCGCUCUCUUUGUGCCCCCCGCAGCCCUUCCAGAAGCAUGUCUACUACCCGCUCACCAGCGGCCCAGAGGGGCCCGACGUCGCUGUGGCCGCCGCCGCGGGUGCGGCCUCCAUGGCCUGUGCGCCCCCCAGCGCGGCUUCGGGGCCCCAGCCCUUCUUCCAGUUCAGGCCGCGGCUGGAGAGUGUGGACUGGCGGCGCCUGAGCGCCAUCGACGUGGACAAGGUGGCGGGGGCCGUGGACGUGCUGACCCUGCAGGAGAACAUCAUGAACAUCACCUUCUGCAAGCUGGAGGACGAGAAGUGCCCACACUGUCAGUCGGGGGUGGACCCGGUGCUGCUGAAGCUCAUCCGUCUGGCGCAGUUCACCAUCGAGUACUUGCUGCACUCACAAGAGUUCCUCACCUCGCAGCUGCACACCCUGGAGGAGCGGCUGCGCCUGAGCCACUGCGAGGGCGAGCAGAGCAAGAAGCUGCUCACCAAGCAGGAGGGGGAGAUCAAGACGCUCAAGGAAGAGUGCAAACGCAGGAAGAAGAUGAUCUCCACCCAGCACCUGAUGAUCCAGGCCAAAGCCAACUAUUACCAGUGUCAUUUUUGUGACAAGGCCUUUAUGGACCAAGCUUUUCUACAAAGUCACAUUCAACGCCGUCACACUGAAGAAAAUUCUCGUUUUGAGUAUCAGAAAAAUGCACAGAUUGAGAAGCUCCGGAGUGAGAUCGUCGUAUUGAAGGAAGAGCUACAGCUCACCAGGUCUGAGCUAGAGGCUGCACACCAUGCCAGUGCGGUCAGAUUCUCCAAGGAAUAUGAAAUGCAAAAAACAAAAGAGGAAGACUUUUUGAAGUUAUUUGAUAGGUGGAAAGAAGAAGAAAAGGAGAAACUAGUUGAUGAAAUGGAAAAAGUCAAGGAAAUGUUUAUGAAGGAAUUUAAAGAAUUAACUUCAAAGAAUUCAGCAUUAGAAUAUCAACUGUCAGAAAUCCAGAAGUCCAAUAUGCAGAUCAAGUCCAACAUAGGCACAUUAAAAGAUGCACACGAGUUUAAAGAAGACCGUUCUCCAUAUCCCCAGGAUUUCCAUAAUGUCAUGCAGCUUCUUGAUAGUCAGGAAAGCAAAUGGACAGCUCGAGUUCAAGCUAUUCAUCAAGAACACAAGAAAGAGAAGGGUCGGCUCCUGUCACAUAUAGAGAAACUUCGAACCUCAAUGAUAGACGAUCUAAAUGCUAGCAAUGUUUUCUACAAGAAAAGGAUAGAAGAGCUAGGGCAGAGACUUCAGGAGCAGAACGAGCUGAUUAUAACUCAGAGACAGCAGAUUAAAGACUUUACCUGUAAUCCAGUAAACAGUAUCAGUGAACCCAAAGGAAAUCCUUUAGCCUGGCAGGCUUUUGAAUCUCAGCCAGCUGUUCCAGCUGUGCCUAUGAAUGCCCCAGCCCUGCACACUUCAGAGACUAAAUCUAGUCUGCCAAUGGCACAAGAACAGGCAUUCUCGUCGCACAUACUGGAACCAAUAGAAGAACUUUCAGAGGAAGAAAAAGGAAGAGAAAAUGAACAGAAAUUAAAUAACAACAAAAUGCAUUUAAGGAAAGCUUUGAAGAGUAACUCCUCCCUCACUAAGGGACUAAGAACAAUGGUGGAGCAGAACUUGAUGGAGAAACUGGAAACCUUGGGGAUUAAUGCAGAUGUACAUGGCAUUUCAAGUGAUCAAUUGCAUAGAGUACUAAAAAGUGUGGAAUCAGAAAGACAUAAACAAGAAAGAGAAAUACCUAACUUUCAUCAAAUUCGAGAAUUCCUUGAACAUCAAGUCAGCUGUAAAAUUGAGGAGAAAGCACUACUAUCUUCAGAUAAGUACAGUGUUUCUCAAAUGGAUACCCUUUCAACUGGAGAAGUACCCAAAAUGAUACAACUUCCUCCCAAAAACAGACAACUGAUUAGACAAAAAGCUGUUUCUACUGAUAGGACAUCUGUUUCAAAAAUUAAGAAAAACAUCAUGGAAGAUCAUUUUCCCAGAAAGUCUUCAACUAUUACGCCCCCUCCCUUUAGUUCAGAGGAGGAGCAGGAGGACGACGACCUCAUCCGGGCAUACGCAUCCCCAGGCCCACUUCCUGUGCCGCCAUCGCAAAACAAAGGCAGCUUCGGGAAGAACGCAGUGAAAAGUGAGGCGGACGGGACCGAGGGAAGCGAGAUCGAGGACACUGAUGAUUCUCCCAAGCCCACAGGAGCCACCAUUAAAACACCUACUGAAAAAGUUGAAAAGAUGUUUUCACAUCGCAAAAAUGUGAAUAAACCAGUUGGUGGAACUAAUGUUCCUGAGAUGUUUAUCAAAAAAGAAGAAUUACAAGAACUAAAGUGUGCAGAUGUGGAGGAUGAAGACUGGGACAUAUCAUCCCUAGAGGAGGAGAUAUCUUUGGGAAAAAAAUCUGGAAAAGAACAGAAGGAACCUCCACCUGUGAAAAAUGAGCCACAUUUUGCUCAUGUGCUAAAUGCCUGGGGCGCAUUUAAUCCUAAGGGGCCAAAGGGAGAAGGACUUCAAGAAAAUGAAUCAAGCACAUUAAAAAGCAGCUUAGUAACUGUGACUGAUUGGAGCGAUUCUUCAGAUGUCUAAUUCCACAUGUCAGAAGAUUCUUCCAGAAGCCAGCAGUAUUUCAGUAUCACAGUGUUUCAGUAACUUGCCUCCUUGAUUCCAGUGCUUCUGCCUUACUGUGUUUCCAACAGCAACACAGAGACUGAUUCAAAGAACAAUGGUCUCUUUAAUGGCACCUAUUACAGUAUUGAAAAUCAGAUCAUCAACAGUAUUUCGAAGCAUAUAAAGGUGUUUAAGACUUCUGCUGCUGCUUAAAAAUAACAUGUCAUUGAAGUCAUAAAAAGUUUUUUCUUCAGAACGGUACUCUAGUGUUAAGUGUAUUUUUUUCCAACUAAUUUUUAAGUGAAUUUUUUUUUUUAACGUACAGCAGGUUUUGGUUUGAAUUACUAAAACUUUAACAAAUAUUUUUCUUACUGUAUGCUGUAACAUCAUAGGUGUUUAUAAAAUUCUGUUAGUAGUCUUAAAAUUGAAUUGGUGGAACCACUAGUCCCUAAAAGUUAGUCUGGUUAUUUUUCAUAUAGAAGUAAGUUUAAUCCGAGUGUGGUGGUGUUCACCUUUAAUCCCAGCUACUUGGGAGGCUGAGGUGGGCGGAUCGCUUGAGCCCAGGAGUUCAAGACCAGCGUGGGCAAUAUAGAAGACUCCACCCCUCCACACCCCAAAAAAGUAAGUUUAGAAUUAGAAUAUAGCUAAGUCCAAUGUUAAAUACAUUUUCCUGAAGUACAUUUGUCACAUUCAGCUUUGAGAAACUGUAAGCAUGUUACUAUUAAAUGGUUGGUUAUUUUAUAUAGUAUAUUCUUUAUCUUGGAUAUUUUAUGAAUAAAGUGUAGUUAUUUUAAUUGCCAAUUUAUCAGACUAAAUAGAAAAUAUUUGAGUCAUUACUGAAUUCAUGUGUUUUUUUUUACUUUUUAAAUACCGAACAUGUAUUAUGAAAUACCUCAAAAGUAAUUUAGUUACAUUCUUAAACAAUGACAUUGUCGAAAGUCAGAAAGUUCAUAUAAACUGUUUUUUGCAUUUUUAUAACUUAGUGGUACUAUAUUCUGUUUCCAAGAAAAAGUAACCUUUUAACUAAAAGAUUUGUUGGGUUUUAGAUCUCUUUUCAUUUGUCAACCUUUUCAGUAAAGCACUCCGUUA